GGGUAUUAUGAGAGAGAUAAGUCCGGGCAGCGCAACGGCGGUUGUGCAGUCGAGGACCGCGUGUUAGACUGUUUCCAUACUACGUAGUACUGCGUAGUAGCUAACGAGGUACGGAGUACUAACUAAGCCCGGGAGACGUGGAGUGGGGGGGAGGGAAAACAGAGUCUGUGUGUGGCGUUUUGGGCUGUCUGUGCCCGCCCGGGCUGUGGACUGGGGAUGAUGCGGACGGGGAUGGACGAGCCAUGGACGGAUUGCGGACAGGACUGUUCAUUGUGGACAUGGGGAAAAGAGGUAGGGAUGAGGGAUGGUGGAUGGAAAAGAGAUGGACCGUGCUCGGAGACCAGGGAAAUAAAUGCAAAUGCGAGAAUCAAUGAAUCAGAUGUUGGCUAAUCAAUUGACGAGCUGAGCGCCGAGAGACAGCGGUGGGCGGGACGGAUGAAACGGGGGGACUCGUAAACAAUGAACCCUGGACCCGACGGGAAUAUGACUCCUUCCACUCUCCGACAGCAGGGCGUUUGAGCCGGAAGAAAGAAAAAUUAAACCAAAUUAAAUCAAAAAAAAA